ACGGUUUGGUUCGGUUCGGUUCGGUACGUUAAGGUUUGAUUUCUGUGCGGCACUUGGCUCUGUGACUCUGGCAUCCGUUGGAUUGCUUUGUGAAAUGGCCAUGUGAGGCAUCGAAGCAUUUUACGAUACGCAACUUGUCUCCAUGCCCGGCCCAAUCAAUAUAAGCAUGCAAUUGUGACUCAUUGGCAAAACAUUUAAAAACUCUAUAAAUUUCGAGCAUUUCGAAAAAAAUUGACGCAGCCAAAAUGGGCUUUUCAUCGGCCCUGCAGGGCCGCGCCGCACACGAGGCACUAAUCGUGCGUCAAGACGCGGAACUGCGUCUUAUGGAGACCAUGAAACGAUCCAUCCAAAUGAAAGCCAAAUGCGACAAGGAGUACGCAAUCGGUUUGACAGCCGUCGCUCAACAAGGACUGAAAAUUGAUCGGGCUGAUGAAAUGCAAGGCAGCCUUAUUACAAAAUCCUGGCGAUCUUUUAUGGAUGAGUUGGAUCAACAGGCAAAACAAUUCAAGUUUAAUGCCGAACAGCUUGAGGUGAUCUGCGACAAACUCUCCCAUCUGUCACAGGACAAGCGGAAGGCCCGCAAGGCCUACCAGGAGGAGCAUGCCAAAAUCGCCGCACGCCUUAAUCAUCUUACAGACGAAGUUGUGCGAAAGAAAAGCGAAUACCAAAAACAUUUGGAAGGUUACAAGGCGCUGCGCACGCGCUUUGAAGAGCACUACAUAAAAGCACCAGGCCGAAGCGGUCGCAAGCUGGAUGACGUGCGGGACAAAUAUCAAAAAGCCUGCCGUAAAUUACAUCUUACACACAAUGAGUACGUGCUGUCCAUCACGGAGGCCAUAGAAGUGGAAAAGGACUUUCGCACAGUGCUGCUGCCGGGUCUGCUAGAACAUCAGCAGUCAGUGCAGGAGAGCUUUAUACUCUUAUGGCGCAACAUACUUUUGGAAGCGGCACAGCAUGGCGAUUUGACAGCAGACAAAUUCAAAGAGAUACAAAAACGCAUCGACACUGUGAUAAGCAGCAUAAAUCCGACGGAGGAGUAUGGCGAAUUUACAGAGAAACACAAAACCUCACCCACAACGCCCUUGCUCUUCCAAUUUGAUGAAACACUCAUUGAGGAUAUACCUGGCAAGCUAACAGCAAGCACCCUGACCGUGGACAAUCUAACGGUUGAUUGGCUUCGUACACGCCUGGUGGAGCUGGAGUCGGCAGUGAAAGAGUGUCAGGAGAGACAGCUGAAGAUGAUUGAGCAUGUAAAUGGCGGCUCGCCGGUUGCCAAUGGCAGCGUCAUAUCCAACGGCAGCAGCGCAUCCAACGGCAUACAGUCGAACAAAGAUAGUCAGAAUCGCCAGUCAAAGGACCUCAAUGCGCUGCGCUGCCAAGAGAAGCAAAAACAAAAACUGGUUGAUAUGAUCAAGUGCGCAUUGAACGAGGUGGGCUGCGAGGAGCUGCCGUCCGGCUGCGAUGAUCAUCUGUCGCUAGAGCAGAACUUUAUCGAACACGGCUUUAACAAUGAUCAGCAGCGAUCCAAUUCCACUAACUCUCCAGGCCUGGGUAUAAUGAACGAGUUGAUGCGGCGUGGUGGCGUUCUCACGCUACUGCGAGGACGAGGUCGCCAUUUCAAGCGCAAGUCAACUCCACAGCCAACUACGCCCAUGGCAAGAGCGCGCCAAGGUAGAUUCUCGAAGCUGCAGCCUCGCUCACAAAGCCUGGGAUCGCUGUCGGUAAUUACAGAUGCGCGUAGUCCUGCACGUUACGAGCCAGUUACUAACCCACUGCGUCUGGCGGUCAGCGUACACUAUCUCGGUGAGGAGAUUGUGUUGAGCGCGACACCGCCGGCGCUGCCUCGUUUACGGCGCACGCAAUGUUCCAUGUUGUGUUUGGGCGAGGACGACCAGCCGCUUGAGCCGUUGCCAGUGGCCUCGAUCGAGCCCACGCCCUUAAACAAAUUAACCAAUUCAGCCAUUACUAACACUAACAACAACCACAUCUAUGCGGACCUGGAAUUGGACAACAAACCCCCAAUCGCUCUAGUCGAUGCGGAUGCAGACAGCAUUGUCAGCGAAAAUGAUUUGGCAGUAAAGCGUCAUCAAAUUGAGAUUGAAAUCAAUCAGGUUGAAUCAAACGAAUCACAGGCAGUGCCACAAGGCUCUAUCGAUGCGCACCUGGACCAGAUUGACGAGCUGAAUCGCGUACUGGACGAUCGCUUAAAGCGUAGUAUGCAGCCCACAAUCCCAGGGGAUGUAAAUGCUAUUGAGAGCGCCGAUGAUAUACCUGUUCAAUCACGCCAGGAUGACCCGGAUACCGGUAGCCAGGCCAAGCGCAGCUCCAGUUCUAGCCGAUCCUCGCAGCUAAGCUCCAAAGAGAGUGGUCAAUCCAAAAAACGCUCAGUGUCCUUCACGCAAAAGUCCAUUAGUAACAUAAUAAGCAACAUUAGGGAGUUCUCCAAAAGCCCACUAGCACGCAUGACCAAAAAUGCGGCUCUAAACGAGAAGCCAGAUACUUCAAGGCAUCCAAGAGAGCCGAGCCAACUUUCUAAUAGCAGUGAAUCUCACACUCAACUCAGUAAUAGUAACAGUAUUCACAACAAUAACAACAACAAUCAUAAUCCCUGCCAAUCGACAAUUAUCACCAGCACCAUAACAACGACCAUAACAACCACAUCGACAACGACGCCGGCCAAGGAAACAUCAAGACUGAAAUUUAAAGUGCCAAAAAUACAAAAGAAAUCGAAAGCCAUACGAAACACAUUCCGUACCAAACUGCUCAGCUUUCAGAUGAGGCGCUCCAAGCCCUGCAAGCAAUGUACCAAGCGCCGACGCAUUCAUCCCAGCAAAAGCGUCUUUGACUUUGCCAAGGAGUUCGAGACAAAUCCUCUAGAGCAGGCCGGGCUGGAGCAAUUCUGUAGCUGUCCACCACCGGCGCAAAAAACAAAAGCAAAAGCCAAGCGAAUGUCCUGCCAAAAUGAGCGAUCUUUUGAAGUGCACAGUUCCGAGGAACUGGACGAUGAAGAGGAGGACGCCAUCGACGACAGCAGCAGCGACGAUGUACUCAGCAUAAAGGAGCAUUGCUAUUGUGUGCCCAGCUUGGCGGCGAGUCUCUCGCUAUCUACGAAUCGACCACUAUAUGAGGAGGAGUGGUUCCAUGGCGUCCUUCCUCGCGAGGAGGUCGUCCGUUUGCUAAACAACGAUGGUGACUUCCUGGUGCGCGAAACCAUACGCAACGAGGAGAGCCAAAUUGUAUUGAGCGUCUGCUGGAAUGGCCACAAGCAUUUCAUAGUGCAGACGACUGGAGAUGGACACUUUCGGUUCGAGGGCCCGCCCUUUCCCAGCAUACAAGAGCUGAUCAUGCAUCAGUAUCAUUCAGAGUUGCCGGUAACUGUUAAAUCAGGCGCGAUUUUGCGACGACCCGUGUGUCGUGAGCGCUGGGAGCUAAGCAACGAUGAUGUGGUACUCCUGGAAAAGAUCGGCAGGGGAAAUUUUGGAGAUGUCUACAAGGCCAAGUUAAAAUCUACGAAACAGGAUGUGGCUGUUAAAACCUGCCGCAUGACCUUACCCGACGAACAAAAACGCAAGUUCUUGCAGGAAGGUCGCAUCCUGAAACAAUAUGAUCAUCCAAAUAUUGUCAAGCUCAUUGGUAUUUGCGUGCAAAAACAGCCUAUUAUGAUUGUCAUGGAAUUGGUGCCUGGUGGCUCCUUGUUAAACUAUCUGCGCAAAAACUCAAAUGCUUUGUCCACACGCCAACAGAUGGGAAUGUGUAGAGAUGCGGCUGCAGGCAUGCGAUAUCUCGAAUCCAAGAACUGCAUACAUCGCGACCUGGCAGCUCGAAAUUGUCUUGUGGACUUCGAGCAUAGCGUAAAAAUAUCCGAUUUUGGUAUGUCGCGUGAAGAAGAAGAAUACAUAGUUUCUGAUGGCAUGAAGCAAAUACCAGUUAAGUGGACUGCCCCCGAAGCGCUUAACUUUGGCAAAUACACAUCACUCUGCGAUGUUUGGUCAUAUGGCAUUCUUAUGUGGGAAAUAUUCUCCAAGGGUGAUACUCCAUAUUCAGGAAUGAGCAAUUCACGUGCCAGAGAGCGCAUCGAUACAGGAUAUCGAAUGCCUACCCCGGAGAACACGCCGCCGGAAAUGUACCGUCUCAUGCUUAAGUGCUGGGCUGCUGAUGUGGAGUCUCGUCCGCAUUUUGAUGAGAUCUACAACGUGGUUGAUGCGCUUAUCCUGCGCCUGGAAAAUAGUCACUGA